AAUGAACCUUAAAUAUUUAAUUGUCGCAGCAGUAUUUACAUUUGUUUCUUCCCAAGAUGUUGUUGUUAGAACUGAGUGGGGUAAUGUAACAGGUCAUGUUGUUGAGUUGGCUAAUGGAAAUAAAAUCAACAGCUUUUUAGCUAUACCUUAUGCUAAACCUCCAGUGGGAAACUUAAGAUUCUUGCCUCCUGUAGAUCCAGAGAAAUGGGAUAACUUUGUAGCUGAUUCUCUAGGAGCCGCUUGUCCCCAGGAUCCAGUUGGUUUUAUAUGGUUUACUCAUCCCGGUUGGAAUCUUUAUGAAGAAGAUUGUCUCAAUUUGAAUAUCUUUGCUCCUAAUGAAUCUCCACCGGCAUCAGGCUAUCCAGUCAUGGUCUAUAUUCAUGGAGGCGGUUAUGUUUUCAGUGCCAAUGUCCAGUUUCCAUGUCAUUUUUUGGCUGACAAGGGAGUUAUCGUAGUUGCUAUUAACUAUCGUCUUGGUCAUUUAGGAUUUAUGUCGACGGGAGAUAAUACUGUUCCAGGUAAUAUGGGAUUGCUUGAUCAACGUAAAGCGAUGGAAUUUGUUAAACAAAACAUAAAAAAUUUUGGAGGAAAUCCAGAUAAAAUAACUUUAUUUGGUGAAUCAGCUGGAGCAUCAAGCGUCGAUUUGCAUACAUUAUUACCAGAAUCAAGAGAUCUUUUCCAUCAAAUGAUUCAACAAUCGGGAACUGUAGAAUCCCCUUGGGGUUAUUUGAAUGCUAAACAUAAACCCGAAGAAUAUACUGAAGAGGUCGCCGGGAAAUUAAAUUGUUCGAGACCAACUACUGAAGAAAUGAUGGACUGCUUAAGACUCAUAGACCAUAAGACGUUGAGAGAAGCCAGUUUUACUUGUAAACCAGGUUUAUGGUGUGUAGGUUUUGGACCAGUUAUUGAUGGGGAUAUUUUACCAAGGGAUCCAGUCGAUAUGAUAAGAGACGGAGAUUAUAAGAAAUGUCCUUUAUUAUCUGGAAUAAUGUCAGAAGACGGCGUUACCUUCAUUGCUAAUUUUAUACCGGAACUCUAUAAUGGACCAGUAAAUGGAACCCGAUUUGACGAAUAUCUAGAAAAUAUAGUUGACUAUGUCAGUCAAAAUUUUCCAUCCAGAAGAAAUGAUCUAGAAGCUCUGUUCAAAUUCUAUUAUAGGAAUUGGGAUGAUCUUGAAGACGGAGAAGAAAACAGACAAACGCUUAUCAAAAUCGCUACAGACAGCAUAUUCGGCGCUCCUUUUGAUCGACAAGCUAAAGUAAGGUCAACUGACAGCGAUGUAUACAAAUUUAUAUUUUCGUAUAAGAGUAACAACGCCGGUGACAUCAUUCCAGAAUGGUUUGGUGUACCACAUGUUGGAGAAAUUCCGUACGUUUUCGGAUAUCCUUUAUUGGAAAAAAAUCCUCAAGUAAGACAGGAUAUGGAUAUGUUUUUUGAUUUUAUAGAAUGGGAUGAAUUGGACGUUAAAUACGCCGAUUACGUUGCUACUUUAUGGACAAACUUUGCUAAAUACGGAGAUCCUACCCCAUCACCGGUAUCUCCACCUGUUGGACAAGUUCCAACCAAUUGGUUAAAUUUUACAAAAAGCGAUAAAAAUUAUCUAUUCAUGGGCCAAAAUAAUAUAAAUAAUAGAGAAAAUUAUCGACAACAACCUAUUGCCUUUUGGGAUAAAUUAAUUCCUUACUUUUUUCAAAAUACCUCAGGUGAAAGAAAAUUAAAUCAUUUUACUUUCUCUUCAAAUAUUCUUGAGAAAAAGUUGGAAUGGAUUAAAGAUCAUGCUAAAAAGCGUCUUGUUAAAAAGCUAUUACCUUUAAUUGUUUAG